GGAAAAAGCGGGAUAGCGGCCAGCCGACUGAUUGCCUUCCCCGGCCGUUGUCGAUCGUUGUUGCAAAGAAAGAACGAUUGCCGUGAGGUCCCUCACCCCGAGGAUCCAAGAUAAAGCGGGGUCAAAGAUGAUGAGACAUUCGCGGAUGCAUCAGUGCAUCGAUUUCCUCGGAGCGCGCACGUUCGCACCGAUGACGCGAAAAUGAUCGUUCGCCAUAGAACACCGUGGAUGAUCGGGGUGACGAUCGCGUUGCUCGUCCUCCUCGCGAGCAUAUCGUCCUCGACAUCGAUGAAACUGCGAAAGCCACGUAAGAGACCCACGCCGACAAUCCCGCAUCAGCAGUCCAGGGUGGGACCAGUGAUCAUAAGAGUGAUACACAAGUACAACGACGAACUCGCGCGCGGCAAAUCGCCCAAUUGCACCGGUGGUAUUUGCAAAAAUGCGCACAACAAACUCGAUCUGGACGAGGCGUUGUCCGAGCAGGACAACUUCCUCCCGGAUCAGGAAUCGUUGCGUUACAUCGUCUACCCAAAGAAGUACGAGCAUUUCGUGUCGAAGAAGAACACGGGACACGGGAGCAGAUACCGAAGAUACGUUGCGCUUCCGGAGCCGAUCGAUUUGUCAAACGCGAGCGACCACGCGGUGCUGGAUCGCGACGGCAACGUGAGCAAAGCGCUGAGGAGCGAGAACAAGGCGAAGCUGAAGAAGGUCACGCUGCUGAAGGCUCCUAAGCGGGUUUGGAUCAAGGAGCCCUCGAAAUCUUUGAGCGAACCGAGCAGAACCAGAAGAAGCCUCGACGGUAAUUUCUCGCGGAGGAACGCGAGCGAUUAUGCCGCGCAGAGAAGAGCCGUCAUGGAAAGAUACUACGCUCGGCAGCGCGAGAUAAACUCGCGAUACGCCAAUCGGACGAGCAACGCUACCCUGUUUAGACUCGGGCUCGAGCAGCCCAACAGAAACUGGACAACGAGAAACGGCACGGUUUUCCGUCCACCAGUAAGAAUCAAUCCGAUAUACAACGAAUCGCGGACGAUAAGCAGCGUCCAGAGGAACACGUUGGAUCAUUACGUUACGCCCACACCUUGCACGAACAUAUCAUUAUCUGGCACAUUUGCACCGAAGACGCUAAGACACGUUAAAGAUUGCAGCAGUGAAAACAACGACGACUCCGACGAAAUCGACGAAUCGAACGAGGAGGGUUCUCAAGUCUGGGGAACGUGCAAAGGAAAGCUCGUGUACCAACACAAUUUGCUGCUAGGACUAACAGGUCCCUCGAAUCUCGAAUCUUUAUUCGAAGUGUUCAUUGAUGACUCCAUCUGCAUCACUUGUGUGAAGGCGGUGCCAUAUAACAAUACCAGGGCGACGGUCAGCAUAGACUCCGGUGGACGUGGAAACGACUACGUAAGACUCAAACUAAAGGGUUACAAGAACAAGGGAUUCUCCUACAUAAUAAAAAUCUGGGCUGUCGGGAAAAUCAAUAAUUAUUGCAACAUGUAGUCGAGGCGUGAGCAAAAAAAAUUUCUUCUGAAUAUGUAUGAGCUCGCCGCUGAUCAAAUAAUGUUACAAGCCAUAUAUGUGGAAAAUCUUUAAUAUAAAAAAUUGCGUGUAUCUCAUAAGUAUAUAUACGUUUUACAACAUCAAUUAAAACUUGUUUAGGCUAUCAUACGACAAUAAGCGAUAAUAAUCUCGAAGCGCAUACGUAAAAUACGUCACGAGGAACGCAGAACUCUCGAAGAAACUCUUGCGCAAGUUGUAAAAAUAAUCCGAGAGAGAGCUUCCUACUAAUACAUUAUAUAUAUAUAGUAUGUAAUAUAUAGUAAUAAUACUAAUUGAAUAAAAUUUUCGAACUUUGUCGAACAUUGUCAUGCAGAUUGGAGAUUGUUCCAAGCAAUUGCAAUGUGUUUAGAUGUAAAAGUAUUGAGUG